AUGGCUGGCACCUUUGGUCGUCUCCUGGCUGGCCGUGCAACUGCUGCACUUUUUGCAGCAGCAGGCACAGGGGUACUCACCACUGGGUACCUCCUCAACCAGCAAAAUGUGAAAGCUGCUGUGCAUGAGAAGCGGAAGCUCUUCCCUCCCAGUGCAGACUAUCCAGAUCUUCGCAAGCACAACAACUGCAUGGCUGAGUGUCUCACCCCAGCCAUUUAUGCUAAGCUGAGGGACAAGCUGACUCCCAAUGGCUACAGCCUGGACCAGUGCAUCCAAACCGGGGUAGACAAUCCUGGCCAUCCUUUCAUUAAAACUGUCGGCAUGGUUGCAGGUGAUGAAGAAUCCUAUGAGGUGUUUGCUGAGAUUUUUGACCCUGUCAUUAAAGCAAGACAUAACGGCUAUGAUCCACGAACCAUGAAGCACCAUACAGACCUGGAUGCAUCCAAGAUCACCCAUGGCUAUUUUGAUGAGCACUAUGUCCUCUCAUCACGUGUGCGCACUGGCCGCAGCAUUCGUGGCCUGAGCCUUCCUCCUGCCUGCACCAGGGCUGAGAGGAGAGAGGUGGAAAACGUUGUGGUAACUGCCCUAGCUGGGCUGAAGGGAGACCUUGCUGGAAAGUACUACAGCUUGACCAACAUGUCUGAGAGGGAUCAGCAGCAGCUUAUUGAUGAUCACUUUCUCUUUGACAAGCCAGUGUCCCCUCUGCUGACAUGUGCUGGGAUGGCUCGUGACUGGCCAGAUGCCAGAGGAAUCUGGCAUAACAACGAUAAGACAUUUCUCAUCUGGAUUAAUGAAGAGGACCAUACCAGAGUGAUCUCCAUGGAGAAGGGUGGAAAUAUGAAACGGGUGUUUGAAAGAUUUUGCCGUGGCUUAAAAGAGGUUGAAAGAUUAAUUAAAGAACGGGGCUGGGAAUUCAUGUGGAAUGAACGCCUCGGGUACAUUCUGACCUGUCCAUCCAACCUGGGAACUGGUUUACGUGCUGGAGUCCAUGUCAAGCUGCCCAAGCUUAGCAAGGAUCCUAGGUUUCCAAAAAUCCUGGAGAAUCUGAGGCUGCAAAAGCGUGGCACUGGUGGGGUGGAUACUGCAGCUGUAGCAGACGUGUAUGAUAUCUCCAACCUGGACCGCAUGGGUCGAUCAGAGGUGGAACUAGUCCAGAUUGUCAUUGAUGGGGUCAAUUACCUAGUUGACUGUGAGAAGAAACUAGAAAAAGGUCAAGAUAUUAAGGUGCCACCACCACUGCCACAGUUCGGCAGGAAAUGA